UGUUGGAAGGUUCAUUGUAAAUAAAUAAAAUAUAUUCCCGCCAAACGAAAGUUUAUAAGAAAAGUGGUCUUAUAAGUGAAUUUUGUUAAAUGCUGUUAGAAUUAUAAAUUGUUUUUAUCAGUUGCAAUGCAUUGUUCAUCGGAAUAGAAAGUGAGGAAGCUAGUUAUGUAUUAACUGUUGCUGUUUGUGUGAGGAAUUGUUAUUGAAAUAGAUAUUUUGAGGAGAGUCGGCCGCGGUCACCCAUCCAUCAGUUAUAAUGUAAAUGAAAAUGUUGCUCAACUUUUGCAAAUCAUGUCAAUACUGUCUGGAAACUAUGUAUUGGAAUUGCUGCGAAGAGAGAUUCUGUUUCGAUGAAAAAAUUGCCACUUACAAGUUGGAUGACGGUGUGACGUCAGUGUACGCCAAUGGCAUCACCAAUAUGGGUGCCAGUCUGGAGAGCGUGGUGACGCAGCAGCCACAUAAUAACAACCAUCUCCCUCCCACUGCAGUGGUGGGAAGGGAGGUGAAGGAGAUGCCAAUACAUGCUGAUAAGAUUUACGAGGUGUUCUCUAAAUCUCUGAUAUUCAGAGAAGACCAUGAACUCAAAUCUAAAGGAAGCUUGGACACUCUCGAUGAUAUCGAGACUAAAUCAGAACCUGACUACCUAUCUGAUAGACCGAACAGAACGAAGGUAUACUUCGAAGACGAAGUAGAUUCUCCCGUUACUGAUUUCGAGAUCAUGUUCAAAGACGAACUUCUAGCUAGCUAUGAUAUGUUUAAAAUAGACGAAGAAGAAGAAGAUAGGAAAAGUCAAGAAGAAGAAGGAUUAACAAUGAGUGUUUCGGUUAAGAAACAAAACGUAAUCAAACCAAGUACGGUGACUUUGAAAGGUGAACCAAAAAUGACAACACCCAAUUCAAUAUACCAAUAUGAUCCAAUAUCAGUAGUACAACUACCAACGAAUCUAACUCUACCAAGAGUUGAAAGUGUAAAAGGUAUAUUAAGACAAAAAUCUGAUAUUAAUAGAAGCGAUAGUGUACGGACUUUGGAUAGGGUUGACAGUAACAAACUCCUUAAAUCGACAUUAAACAGAGUGGAAAGUCUAAAGAAUAUUGAUCCUAAUAAGAUAAAUAAAGUGCUAGCAAGAGUACCACAUAGAAGUGCUUCAUUCUUGAACAUUCCAGAACAUUUAACACCAACAAAACCUCCUUUGAUGAAGAGUAAAUCCACAGUUGGAGUGACGUCAUUAGCAGAGCAUGAAUUAAAGUUGAGUCAACUCCCAGAUACACCAAUAAUAAGGAGUAACAACUUACCAAGAUUCUUUGCAGAUAGUCCUUCUCUGCCUGAAUAUAAGGGUGAAACUAGCUUGCAAAGUAUAAAACAGAAGACUGCUUUAAUGUUCAAAGAAAAUGAUUUCAGUAUGCCGAGGUACUAUGGAGGUUUGAAACCAUUAGAACCUCCACCAGUUCACGAAAGUAAAUCAAUGCCUGACUUAAGGAAUCCCACGUCGAAUGUCAAAGCUAGCAAACGAUUGGUCAAACUUAGAAGCAAAUUGAAGCCUUUAGUUAUAAGAAAAAGUUCCGAUGAAAGAGUAUAAGGUUAUAUGGAACAACAUUGUACAAUUAAUUUGACUUGAUUUUUAUUUAUUUAUUAAUUCAUGUAAAUUAUGUAUAAAAGCCUUAAAUUGUGUACUUAGGUAGUA